CUUCCUUCGUUCAGUGCACUCGCGUAGGGCAAGACUGUAUGCUUUACCCAUCUGCAAGCUCAGUGAUUAUGGUGUGUUGAUGAACUUAUGCAGUGUAUGCCUGCCUCUCAGAGGUGUUGGCGAUCUGUUGGCGGGAAAACGAAGGAGACCUUCUAACCUAAUUUUUUAUCCCAGUGUUCUGCUACUGAGGUUCAGAAGGAAUAUACUCUCAGGUGUUAAGGUGUUUGUUGAGGAUGCAGGAUCUAGACCAGAAAAGCCGACAAAAUGAUGAAAUGGAAGGUAGUCAAGAAUCCGAGAUGUUCUUCUGCAGACAGAUCACUGGAGUGCAUGAAAAACGAUGUCGCGCCUACAGCCAAAUCCGAUUCUACAAAUAACAACGAACCGGAGAAGCAAGAUCCGGGCACCACAAAGGAAAACACCAAACAGCAGGAAUCUGGGUUGACGCGGAAGCCAUCCAUAGUUGCAUCGGACUGUAUUAACCUGAAAAGCUUUCUUGGCCUCACUCGACAACGAAGUGAGAUUAAUCUGAGUACUCUUGGACUCAUUAACACAGAACCACGCCGUAGUCGAUCAGAAGUACGAGGCACGAGUUGUGACCGUUUGGCAAUAGGAUACCAUACUGCCCCCCUCAAGACUGCUGAAAAUGGCAAAACUCGCAGUUCCAGCCCACCUCCUAAAUCAGGUGGGUGGUUACGUGGUCGGAAAAGAGAAAGAGAAUCCAGGAAUCCUCUCAAAAACAACCUGGAAGUGUUUGGAAAGACUAUUGUGACCGGAAGCGGCAACAAGAGAACGAACUCUAAAUCAAGAACGAUUGUUGAUGGAUCUGAUGGCAGCAAACCCAAAGAAAGUCCGUCGAACCGGAAAUCAAAAUCAAAUAAAAAAAAUUGCGAUGAAAAUACUAUCAUUGAAGACGUUAUUUAUUCAGAAAUAGGGAAUGAUAAUGUACAGGCUAAACUUUUAGAUGAAAAUCGAGAUGUUUACAAAGAACCCAUUAAAGUUGUCAAAAAGAAAGGUAUGGCACCCAAACCUCAAACAGCAACUGCUCUUUUCAAAGAAACCAACCGCGAUGUGAAUUUGAACCCGAAUGGUAUAAAGGCAAAUGGACACAUUAGUUGCUUCGAUGAGAAAUCUUUACCUCCUUUUUCUAAACCUCCCAGAAAGGGACAGACAUGCAAAGGGCGUAAUCAAGAGAAAAAAUACGAUAAUAGAAACUCUCAAACUGUGAAAUAUAAUAACCAGAAAAAUUCAGAAACUGCAUUGCUUAAUUCUAAAAACAAAGCAAAUUCGUCCAAAGCUCUGGCUACUGUAGCAGAAAUUCAUAAGGACUCUAUCUAUGCUUCUUCAGACCAUGAAACUAAAAAACGAAACUUAGACCAUAACAAAAAGGAAGAGGCUUCUUCUGAAAACGUAGUGAAUGAGCCAUUGGAGAAUUCUAGUUUAUCUCAAACACUAGACAAAGAAAAAGUUGAAGAACAAACUGAACCCUUUUAUAUUGAUACACCAGAUUAUUCAACACUGGAUUCUGAAAAUGGCAAUGGUAAAUGUUUGAGUCUAGAAGAAAGUUUUACCCAUAAUGACUUAAAGAAUACCAAUACUGAGCUUGAGAAUCAGAAAAACAGCGAUAAUAAACCUGCAGAUUCAAUACUACUGCCAGUCAAUUCAGAAGAUUCGAAACCUGAUCGUGAAAUUUCAUUGUCUAGUAUACUUCGAGACUCCACAAAUGAUAGCAAACAUUCUGAUGCUGAACCUAAAAAGGUAGUACGUUUCGAAAAGUUAGAUUUAAUAGAAAAGUAUAAAAGGAAUAAAGCUGAAAGCAACAAAGAUACUGAAGAUGACACUGAAUCAUCAAUUUGUGAUGAUCAACCUCUCACAAAAUACAAGUUAGAUGUUAAUAGCAAUGAAAUAUUACCUUCAGAUCUGAACAACAGCAUAGAAGAUUCAACAAAAUCCUCAGAGAAAUUAAAUACUGAUAAUAGAGGAAGUCUCGAAUCACCUAAGCAGCCUCCACCAAUUUCUGCAGCUCAACAAGAACUUUCUCAAAAUGGUACUUCAAUCUUAGUCCGAAAUUGUUCUCCUGUUGUCCCACUGACCGAUUCAGUACCUAGUACACCCACAACUGAUGCUCAAACACAAUUUGUUGUGAAAAAAAGUUUUGUUAUUACAAUCGCAAAACAGGAAAAAGGAUUCAAAAGUCUUUGUGCGAAUAAAAAGUCUGAAAUAAAUAACUUUGAUCAAUCAAAGAACGAUCAUCAGAUCUCCGUGACUUUCUUAUGCUCUGGGCCUUCUUCUGAAAGCUGGGUAGAUGGAACACAAGAGAACAUAAUCCGACUGCGAUCCAUGAGUGUGCCUCCUCAGAGACAAGAAGAACCUGAAAUUCUUACAGAACUGCCAUCAAUUAGAGGAAGAUCUCGAGAAAGAAGGUCAAAAGAGAGACAAUAUUGCAAGAAAAAUCACAAAUUACGGAAAAAAGAUGCAGCUUUUCAUAUGCCACAAGUUGUGAUAGAUGAACUCUCACAAGUCUUAGAGAAAAGAAAACCUUUCCUGGAUGAAGUAAAAGCAUAAUUCACCCACAGUAGAGGUUUGCGAAAGGUAUAAAAAAUGAAUGAAUUGCUUCAUUUAUAUAUAUAUAUAUAUAUAUAUAUAUUAUAGGGCAAUCUUUGUCAUCCUCAUAUCAAUGAAACCAUGACAUUAAAAAUCAUUUCUUCAUGUAAUGCUCAAAUAUUUACAAUAAACAUAAAAUAUACUGCUUAUAAGGUGUUUGACGUGUUCUAAAAUCCAGUGAUCCACGCAAGUGAACGAAAAUAUCUUCAUUGUUCAGAAGCAAGAUAUCAUGUAAAUCAAACUGCAUGCGACUCCAACGAGAUGGGUAAAAUCAGAAGUAAAUGGUCGAAAAAGUCAAUGUAUUUCUCAAGCUGUUAAAUGAUUUUAAUAUGUUAUUCAGCCAAGGAAAAAUGAAACGAAUCAGCAAAAUUAUAGACUCAAAUAAAUUCAUCCUUACCCAGACAAAAUCUGCGAAGGAAUCAUAAUUAUUUUUUAAGGAUCAGUUAUAUCCUUUUAACUAAUAAUACCAUUAGCAAUACUCUGUUUGGAUUCUAUGUUUGACCUAGCAAGAGUUUAUCAGGCGUUUUCCGCCGUGAUCAAGAUCAGUGGAGCUAUCAACCAAAAACUGGAACAACGUUUGUUCCUUGAUGUCGGAAGCAUUUGGUACGAACUUUAUUUCUGAGACUAUAAGAAUAAGAGAUCGUUUUUGUUAACUCCUAAUUGAGUACCCCACUGAAAUCUGAGAUUCAUUGACUUCCUACGAUUCUUAAAUUGUUCGGAAGGCCAUUUGCGGAUUAAGUUGUUGGAAAGUCUGCUUAUAUCUUUUACAUUGGCUGCAAUAUUUUGGAGGGCUACAUGCCAUAAGAUAGAACUCUGGAGCAUUACUACUUCAAUUUUUUUUUCUUGUUGUUGUUUGAAAAAGCGUUUCCGAACUUGAUCAAAAACGAUCUCUCAUCCUUAUAGUCUCAAAACAACUGUAGGAAAAUAACUUCCUACCAAAUGCUUCCGACUUUAAGGAAUAAUGGUAUGAAUAAUUCAAAUAAAAAUAGAGUUUUGAUUCGUAAUAAUGGUAUAUAUUUUUAAUAUAAUUAGUUCUUAAUUCUUUUUUGGACGUAUGCAUAUAUCAGUGCCCGAUUGUACAUCUAUUGCCGGCAGAUUAUGGUUAAAGUUUUCUAAUCUGCAAUUUUGUUUCAGCAAAUAAAUUUUCAAAUGAAUUAAA